CUAAUAAGUUCAAAGGGAGCGAGUUGGAAAGAUUAGUCCAGCACUGACAUCAAUCGCCACUGAACAAGCUUAGAAGAUCCAGCAGAGGCCAAAACCUAAAGCAAGAUAAAUACAAUGGAUCAAUCUCUUGGGAUGGGAAAGCCUCACAGCCAGUAUGUAGUCAGCGAUGUAUUAGGAAUAGAGACCUUGAACAAUUCCUCAAAGUGUAAGUUCAGUAUGUUAUAUUUGUAGUUUUGUUGGAAAUGCUUCUCUUCGGGAAAAAAAAUUACUUGGCAUGCAUUGCAACGAAGCAUGUCAAAUUAAAGAGACUGACUUACUCUAACAGUGCUACUAAAUUACCUGCCUCAAUAGAUCCUUCACUGGUUUACAGAAGUUAUCAACCUCACUCGUCAGAUCUUCCCCCUCCUCCUGAAAACGAAGGAGGAGACGGAGAAAGUCCUGCAACAGUGCGGAGAAAACAGCGCCGGAACCGUACUACAUUUACAAAACAGCAGCUCCAGGAGCUGGAGAAAGUCUUUGAGAAAAAGCACUACCCUGAUAUCGCUCUCCGAGAAGACCUCGCUGCCAAAAUCAACAUUAGUGAGGCUCGAAUCCAGGUAACUAAUAAUCAUUAAACGCAUCAUCUCUAGCGUUUUAAAGCUGGGCAGUUUAUGGAAAGUGCAGGAACGAGCAAUGAAGGUAGUCUGCCGAAAUCGUGAUGUUGUAAAAAAUAAUUUAAAAAUUGAUCGGGUGUGGUCGUUAGCGAUAGCCUUGUGUAAUAGUGGGAUCGUAAUUGUAUUAAAACACCAAGCAAUAUUAUAUUACUAGUGAAAAUUGUGUGAUCGUCGAUAUACCUUCAAGCUCAGUGAAUUCGCCGUAAUUGAAUUUCCUUUUUUCCACCUUUAAAAGUGGGGGGAUAUUGCCAAUAAUGACACAGUACGAAUAGAUGCUACUUUUCUGAGGUUUCUACGAAGUGAAGGUUUGAUAAAAAGGAAAAAAACAACAUGUCAUUCACACUGCUACGAUUAACGGAGAACAAAAUUUUCAUAACCUUUCUGCUGAUUUCGCGUGUUUAGUUCAAAGAAAUUUAUCCGUAAAUUAUGAAAGAAUAUAAACGGAAGAUCAACAUUCUUAAAAUCACAAAUAACGCCGAUACAAAACAGUCCUUAUUUCAAAUACCGGAAGUUUUUACUGUCAACAUUUGUUAACCUAGAAGUAACAUUUUUUUUCCUUAAAAGCUCUUUUUCACAGAAUCGUUCCGUACGUAUCAGGGCUUUUCCGUGAUAAAAGUAAAAAUUGUAAACACCUGAUCGUCCGGGACGAAAUGCCAUGCGGCAGAGCGAUUGUAACGGAAAAGAUUGAACCUAUCGCUUUACUUUCUAGGGACUGAUGGCAGAGAAUAACAUUCACAUCCGUAACAUAACAUACAUGCUGUAAGAUAUUCAGGUACACAAAUAACAAAAAAUACACGUUCAAAAAUUUAAAACAUACAUCUUUGAGCAUUCUUCUCUACCCAAAGUGAUUUUUUCUCGUCAAACCUAAUAUUUGCCAUCUAAAAGCCUUGACACGAGGAGAAAGACUAAUCUGGGGAACGCGUGCGUUCCAUUAAUUACAAACUGGGAAGCGAUUUGGCGUUUUCAAAUGAAUGAUGUUUGUAUUUUUCCCUUUCAAGGUUUGGUUCCAAAACAGACGAGCAAAAUGGCGAAAAAGACAAAAUCCAAAUCAGAGCUUAGCGAAGAAAAUGAGAUAUCCAAGCGACAAGCUUGGCCCACACCUGCCUAUCGCUCCUCGACCAGGCAUUCCUUGUGCACCUCCUAACUAUUUCCUCGGUCUACCUGGUGCUGUUCCUGUAAGCGCUCAUCAUCACACCUAUCCAGGAAUACUGACUUCACUUAACGCUACAAAUUCUAGUUAUAUGUCCUCCUCACAGAUACCAAUGCACAACGGCGCGAUCUGGCCAUGUCAAAGUGCUGCCUUUUCAAGUCAUGCUGAGCAACCCAAGAUGGCGCUUGAGGCCCUUAGAAUGAAAGCCAAGUCGCACGCGUCGUCCAUGUCUGCGUUCGAGUUCGUGCCUUCUUAUCAUUAAACCGACUUUGAGGAUGGCAAGUAGGUAGGAGGGAAAAGAGACGUGAAAAAAAAGAGAGAGAACCGUGCAGACUGUCAACGCUAAGGAUCCUAUUGUUUAAAGACCUCUUUAUACAUAUUAGAAUGCGUUACCGAAGUGGUAAUAAAGAUGAUAGGAUUUUGUUCCUGAGGUCAAGAAAGAGAACAGAAAGAAGAAAAAUCCUCAGUCGUACUUUGGUCAGAGUGCUUUGUUCGUUUUAAGCUAUUUGUGCGCUCUCUCCAGAUAAAGCGAAGUCUAAAAGUACAGACACGAAUAUAGAAAAGCAGAGAAUAAAUUGCUGCAGUUUUCAGUAGUUCCAUUAGGCUUUUAUAUUACAUAAAUGUUAGUGAUAUUAAUUUGGAAUAUGUACUAAGAACAUUUAAGUCUAGUCCUUUAUGAAAGCUUGCGUUCUUUUUAACGUGAACGUUAAUGUUUAUUUAUGCAAUUAGCAAGUUUUCUUUUGAGGGACCGUAAUGGUAGGAUCGUUAAUGAACGUGUGAAUACUCAAUAGCCUUUUUGGUUUUUGCCUUGCCUUCUGUGGCCUGAGGUGCAAACAUAUCUAAAGCGCAUUCCCAAGUCGUAAUUUCAAUAAUGGUACACAUUACAAAGACUUUCAAUCAACAUUAACACGGUUGCACAAAUCAAUACGAAGAGUAUUACUGAUUUGUAGGUUAGUGUAUUAACGAGAAUCUAUAUAAACUGGGAUAUAAACUUGCAGGUUAACCGGAUUUUAGUAGAGAAAAGGUAUAAGCCAUGUAGUAAAGCAAAAUUUGGUCUGCAUAGUCCAG